CCACUUUCUUCGUCCUUUCAAGGAACGGCGUCUUCCUCGGUGUACAAAGACCAGGUCUACCCGAUGGUUGACGAUAGCGCAAAGUCCGGUGAACCCUCGCCCCUCCGCUCAUUUCACCCCAUCCAAACAGUCAACCCAAACGAGGAAGGAAGCCACGCCCCGACCGCCUUAAUCUCAAUCACCGAUCAUUCGUCGCAACUUGCUCCUUCCAAGGCAUCAACUUGCUGACUUUGACAAGUCAGAUGAAUAGUGUAAGCUGCCAGAAGUUUCUGGGCUACUCUGUUGCUCCGUGGGAGGGUAUAAGAACUCUCUCUCUUCCUACUCUCGAUAAUCUUUCCCCUCUUCUCUUUUGCAUCGACCUGCCUUCAAGCAAAGUGGAACCUUCGCGUCUUCGGGAUUUUCUACUACAGCACCAGGAUCUACCGAGGGAAAAACAACAUUCAAGAUGUCUCCCUGCUCGUGCACCUCUUGCAGCGGCUGCUCUGGCAACUGCUCUGGCUGCGGAUGCAGCUCUUGCUCUCACUAGACGCUCUGGUGCGGCAAGCAUGCUUAGUUUGGCAUGUCUUGCUCCAACGCACUCCUCCACUUCAUCUUGUCGUAUUUCAAAUUCCACCAUGGCACGAUCAACCGUAUUCGGCAGCAACAAGAAAACUGAAGGGAUGGGAGGUGUUGCUGGAGCACAAAGGCGAUAUGUGAUCUUGGGAAUGGAGACGAGAUAAUGGCGGGAGAGGAUAGACGCCGACACGGUUCAUUGACUGUUGAUCGAGACCUGUCUUGCCAUGGAUGAUUGGUUAUGACUUGUUAUCCGGCAGACGGGGGCUCGAAACAGGGACCAGUUUAUGACAUACAAAUGAACAUCACCAC